AUGGAGAAAAUUGAAUACCGUGUUGUGAUAAAAUUCCUUACCAAGCAAGGAAAGAGUGCUCAGACCAUUUUGAAUGAAAUGGAAACCUUUUAUGGAGAACAGUGCCCUAGUAAAUCAAUGAUUUACAAGUGGCAUGGUCUUUUUAAACAUGGUCGGGAGUCGAUUGAAGACGACCCGCGCUCGGGAAGGCCAGUUGAGGCCACCACAUCAGACAUCAUCGAAAAAGUGGAAAAACUUGUACUGGAGGACACCAGUUUGAAGAAAAAACAGUUAUCUGCAUUAGUUGGAGUAUCAGAUACUACCAUUUUGCGAAUCCUACAUGACCACCUGGGUAUGAUAAAAUUCAGUGCAAGAUGGGUACCGAGAAUGCUUAAGCCGCUUCAGAAACAGCAACGCGUCGAUGCGUCAAAACAAUUUUUGGAGUUGUGUGGAGACGAACCUGCUCAGAUUUUGGAGCGGAUUGUUACCGGAGAUGAAACAUGGGUUCAUCACUUUGAGCCCGAGUACAAACAAGAGUUUAACUUGACUGCUCUAAGUUAA